AUGGCACAAAGCUUACGAUUGCACUUUGCAGCCCGAAGAAGCAAUACUUAUCCUUUGUCAGAAAGCUCCGGAGAUGAUUUGGAUAGCAAUGUUCACAUGUGCUUCAAAAGACCAACCCGGAUUUCAGCGUCUAAUGUUGUUCAAAUGAAGCUGACUCCUAGACAAACUGCACUAGCUCCGUUAAUACAGGAAAACCUUAAGUCUCAGGAAAGAUCAUCUGUUCCUUCACCUGAAAAUGUUAAUAAAAAGAGCAGCUGUCUGCAGAUUUCGCUACAGCCGACAAGGUACGGUGGAUAUCUUCAGCCUAACAAUGUCUUAGCUGAUGGGGAUGAUGCUUCGUUGACAUGUGUCUUCAAGGACGGCAUUUACAACAAUGCUGUGGCUGAUAAUGAACUGAAUGCUGUGAGUGAUGGUAACCUUGUAAGCGGUUCUGCCCUUCGCAGCGGUAGCCUUAGUAACUUUUCCACCAGUGAGAAUGGGUCUUACAGCAGCAACGGUAGUGAUUAUGGAUCAUGUGCAAGUAUCACAAGUGGUGGUUCCUACACAAACAGUAUCAUCAGUGACAGCAGUGGUUAUACUCUUCCACCAACUGACGAUACUUUUUUGGGUGGAAAUCUACCUUCUGACGGCACCUCCAAUAGAAGUGUGCCAAACAGGAAUACUAUUCCAUGUGAAAUUUUUUCAAGAAGUCCAAGUACUGUUCCUUUUGUCCAGGAGGACUUGGAGCGUGGACUAGAAAUUAUGAAAUUGCCAGUGAGCAGGAACUCAAAAAUUCCACUGAAACGUUGUUCAUCUUUAGUCAUUUUUCCUAGGAGUCCUUCAAAUACCCCACCAACUUCUCCAACAAGUACGGAUAUUCUUCCAAGCAAAGGAUCCUAUCAAACCUCACACCAGUUUAUUAUUUCUCCUAGUGAAAUUGCCCACAGUGAAGAUGGGACGAGUGCUAAGGCAUUUCUUUCCACAGCUGUCAAUGGACUUCGGUUAUCUAAAACAACGUGUACUCCCGGAGAAGUAAGAGACAUAAGACCACUUCACAGGAAGGGCUCAUUACAAAAGAAAAUUGCUGUUGCAAAUAAUAGUCCGAAUCAGACUGUCUGUGAAAAGUCAUCUGAAGGAUAUUCUUGUGUCUCAGUGCAUUUCAGCCAACAAAUAGCAACUACAUUAGAUUGUGAAACAGCAAAUGGUGAUUGUAAACCAGAGAUAUCAGAAAUGAAGCUUAAUUCUGAUUCAGAGUGCAUUAAGUUUAGGCAGAGGACAUCUGCACGUUUACCAUCCUCUCAAAACAUAGAUUACCAAAUAAAUAUCAAUGGACAGUUGGAAAGACCAAAUUUACAGAUAAACAAAAACUAUGCUAUUUUACAAAGAAGUAUUUCAUUGGGAGGAACUUAUCCAAAUGUUUCCUGUUUAUCCAGCCUUAAGCACAAUUGUUCUAAGGGGGGACCAUCACAAUUACUCAUAAAGUUUGCAUCUGGAAAUGAAGAUAAAGUUGAUAACUUAUCAAGAGACAGUAACAGAGAUUUUACAAAUGAACUAUCUAAUUCUUUAAAGCAUUCUUGUAAGACAAGAGAUGAUUUCCUAGGUCAAGUGGAUGUUCCUCUUUAUCCAUUACCGACAGAAAAUCCAAGAAUGGAGAGACCAUAUACGUUUAAGGAUUUUGUUCUUCACCCAAGAAGUCACAAAUCAAGAGUUAAAGGUUAUCUGAGAUUAAAAAUGACUUAUUUACCUAAAACCAGUGGCUCAGAAGAAGAUAACACAGAACAGGCUGAGGAAUUAGAGCCUGGCUGGGUUGUUUUGGACCAACCAGAUGCUGCUUGCCAUUUGCAGCAGCAGCAAGAACCUUCUCCUCUACCUCCAGGAUGGGAAGAGAGGCAGGAUAUUCUUGGAAGGACCUACUAUGUAAACCAUGAAUCUAGAAGAACACAGUGGAAAAGACCAACCCCUCAGGACAACCUAACAGAUGCUGAGAAUGGUAACAUGCAACUGCAAGCACAGCGUGCAUUUACCACCAGGCGGCAGAUAUCUGAGGAGACAGAAAGUGUGGAUAAUCGAGAGUCUUCCGAGAACUGGGAAAUUAUAAGAGAAGAUGAAGCCACCAUGUAUAGCAAUCAGGCCUUCCCAUCACCUCCAGCAUCAAGUAACUUGGAUGUUCAGACUCAUCUUGCGGAAGAAUUGAAUGCCAGAUUCACAAUUUGUAGAAAUUCAGCCACCGGCCAGCCAGUAUCCAGCUCGAAUCAUUCCAGCAGAAGAGGCAGCUUACAAGCCUAUACUUUUGAGGAACAGCCUACACUUCCUGUGCUUUUGCCUACUUCAUCUGGAUUACCCCCAGGUUGGGAAGAAAAACAAGAUGAAAGAGGAAGAUCAUAUUAUGUAGAUCACAAUUCCAGAACUACCACCUGGACAAAGCCCAUGGUACAGGCCACAGCCGAGACCAGUCAGCUGCGGUCAGGCCAGAGUUCUGCGUGCCCUCAACCACACGUCCCCACGAGUGAUUCAGCACAGCAGGUGACCCAGCCGUCUGAAACGGAGCAAGGAUUCCUUCCCAAAGGCUGGGAAGUCCGGCACGCACCCAAUGGGAGACCUUUCUUUAUUGACCACAACACCAAAACCACUACCUGGGAAGAUCCAAGACUGAAAAUUCCAGCUCAUCUUAGAGGAAAGACAUCACUUGAUUCUUCCAAUGAUCUGGGACCUUUACCUCCAGGAUGGGAAGAAAGAACUCAUACAGAUGGAAGAAUCUUCUACAUAAAUCACAAUAUAAAAAGAACACAAUGGGAAGAUCCUCGGUUGCAAAAUGUAGCAAUAACUGGACCAGCAGUGCCCUACUCCAGGGAUUACAAAAGAAAGUAUGAGUUCUUCCGACGAAAGAUGAAGAAGCAGAAUGACAUUCCAAACAAAUUUGAAAUGAAACUUCGUCGUGCAACUGUCCUUGAGGACUCUUACAGGAGAAUUAUGGGUGUCAAGAGAGCAGAUUUCCUCAAGGCUCGGCUGUGGAUUGAGUUUGACGGUGAAAAGGGGUUGGAUUACGGAGGAGUUGCCAGAGAAUGGUUCUUCCUGAUCUCAAAGGAAAUGUUUAACCCUUAUUAUGGGUUGUUUGAAUAUUCUGCUACGGAUAAUUAUACCCUACAGAUAAAUCCAAACUCCGGAUUGUGUAAUGAGGAUCACCUCUCUUACUUCAAGUUUAUUGGCCGGGUAGCUGGAAUGGCAGUUUAUCAUGGCAAACUGUUGGAUGGUUUUUUCAUCCGCCCAUUUUACAAGAUGAUGCUACACAAACCAAUAACACUUCAUGAUAUGGAAUCAGUGGAUAGUGAAUAUUACAAUUCACUAAGAUGGAUUCUUGAAAAUGAUCCAACAGAAUUGGACCUCAGGUUUGUCAUAGAUGAAGAGCUUUUUGGACAGACACAUCAACACGAGUUGAAAAUUGGCGGAUCAGAAAUAGUUGUUACCAAUAAGAACAAAAAGGAAUAUAUUUAUCUUGUAAUACAGUGGCGAUUUGUAAAUCGAAUCCAGAAGCAAAUGGCUGCAUUUAAAGAGGGAUUUUUUGAACUAAUACCACAGGAUCUCAUCAAAAUUUUUGACGAAAACGAACUAGAGCUUCUUAUGUGUGGAUUGGGAGAUGUCGAUGUGAAUGACUGGAGAGAACACACAAAGUAUAAGAAUGGCUACGGUGUGAAUCAUCAAGUCAUACAGUGGUUUUGGAAGGCUGUUCUAAUGAUGGAUUCAGAAAAAAGAAUAAGAUUACUUCAGUUUGUCACUGGCACCUCUCGAGUGCCCAUGAAUGGAUUUGCUGAACUAUAUGGCUCAAAUGGACCACAGUCAUUUACAGUUGAACAGUGGGGUUCCCCGGAAAAGCUGCCACGAGCCCACACAUGCUUUAACCGCUUGGACUUGCCGCCCUAUGAAUCAUUUGAAGAAUUAUGGGAUAAACUUCAGAUGGCAAUUGAGAACACUCAGGGCUUUGAUGGCGUCGAUUAGAUUCCAAAUAACAAUCUAGAGUGUUUCACUGCCACUUUUGUAUAAGCAAAAUCUUGACUUAAAAUUUUCCAGGGAACUACUAAAACUUGGCCUUUGUUUCUUCCCAGAUACUGGAGAAAAAUCAUAUAAAAGCAUUAGAAGAAAGAGUUUGACAACCUUACCAUUAUUUCAUUCAUUUUUACAACAGUAUGUUGCAUUGACACAGCUGUUUCUUUCCAUCUUUAGAGUUCCCACUCUAGGAUUUAAAUCCCAUGUGCCUGAAAUAGUGAGUUGUGUCCUUAACAUUUACCUCUUUUACAGUAUUUACCAGGCAGAUCUUCCUUAAACUACUGAAAUUAUAACUGUGAAAUAUUUGUGAUAAGUGUCAUGUGUGAAAAGUUGGAUGCUUUUUGAGAAGGAAAACUGAAAUUUGGAAAAGAAUACUUUAAUAUUGAUUAAACUACAAUAUACUUCAUGAUGCCUACAGCUAUUAUUAUUCUGUAGACCUGCCUACUUCACCUUACUGCCCAGAUUUUUGAAAAAAAACCUUGGAAAAUGUGUUACCUAUCUUUUUAGUCCACUGACUCACUUGCAAAAAAAAAAUUGUUUACUUCUUCAUUUUAAAAGUAUUUGGCUUUUGUUAAUAUGUAGCUUUACUAAACGAGGUGGUUUAUAAGACAUGAAGCGAAUUCAGAUUCGCAAAGUGUGAAAAGUAUUAACGCCUCCAUCUUGCCUGUAUAUCCUUUUGAUUCACUGGCAUAGUCAGCACUCCUUCCUGUUUAAGGUAAAAGAAUUCCUUCUUCGGACAUUACACUAAAGCUCCGCAGAGCAGUAUUUCUAAAUAUGCCUUGAAGAGCUAAGUUAAAUGUAUAGUACUUGCCUUUACUAGUCAUUCUUUACACUUGCCCAAUUAUGUAGUAAAUAUGUUUACAGAACAUGUUUAUUAUGUUUACAGAUUAAGCUAAUUUC